ACCUUUGGUGAUUAGUGAGCUCUUCCUCUAUACAAACAGUACAGCAUGAUUGUUUAAAACAUAGCAUAGCGAACAUACAGUUACGCUCAACGACGCACAUGAACGUGAACUUGAAAUUAAGCGAUUCGGUGAAGUUUGAUGAUCGAAUACUUAUUUUUAGAUAGUAACGAUCGGCGAUCGUAGGUUCAAAAAAUUGAGAUAAGGACUUCAAUUAUUUAACCUGAUACUUAAACAACGAAGUUAUGACUUAAGAAUUUCCUUCGUGGAUUUGUUGCACUCUGUUUCUCGUUCCAUCAGACGCUUUAGAGCUGUAGUGAACUGAAGAACUUCAAUCCACCUUCCAAUUCUACAACAUGGACCGUUGUGCAGAAAUCCGGAAUCGGUGCCGCCACGGCGUAAGCUCUCGCCGGUGCCAGUAUGAUCCCGAUCAGUUUGGCAAGACGUGUGGAACGUAUCGAAGCGCUCAAGGCGGAGCUGUCGGCCGAAGCAGCCACCCAACUUCACGCCAUUCCUUGUGAUGUUACCCGGGAGGAAGAUAUUUUGGCUGCUUACCGUCAGAUAGCGGAGGUGUUGAUGUGCAGAUUAAUUUCGCUGGCAACGCGAGACACACCGUACGUGUACUGCAGCCAAACAAUACGCAAGAUCUGCUCGAUAUAAUCAAUACCAAUCUGCUCGGGUUGGCGUUAUGCAGCCGGGAAGCGUAUCUAUCGAUGCAGAACCGUUCGGUCGAUGGGCAUAUUGUCGAUGCAUAUUUAUAGCAUAGCAGGCCAUUCGAUUUCACCGCUGAACACGCUCAACAUCUAUCCGGCGGCAAAGUAAGGUGUGACGGCACUGACGGAAACGAUGCGCCAGGAGUUGCGGUUUGCGGGCACCAAGAUUUAAGUUACGGUAGGCGGUAGUGUGAAUAACGCUGUAAUGCAUAAGUCUGUCUUACGCAAAAUGUCUCAUUUACGGAGCAUUAGUCUAGGCUUUACGAGAACUGCGAUCAAUCCUAACAACGAAGCGUACACGGGACCUAUUCUCGACCCGGAAGACAUUGUCGAUGCUAUCCUGUAUGCUCAUGGAACUCCACCAGGGGUGCAGAUACACGAGCUGAUAAUUAAACCAGUCCAGGUCAAGUGGAAUAAUGUAUGCUUCGCAAGGUUCCUUAAUUUAUUUU